AUGCCCUCUGUUGCUAUAUCUACGUCUCAGGUGCGAGCCCUGCUGCUGUCAGAGAACAGACAGACCAAUGUGACGACUCCCAUGGGCAACAUGAUGCUAGAGAUUCAAGGCGAUUUGGAGAUACCGGAGACAUCGCACGCUGACGACAGAUUCUCGAGUCACGAAGGCGUGGAUAUUGUUAAGUUUGGGCUGCUGCAUGUGAAUAUGGAGACGAAAUCAGCAACUUUGUUCAUCGGGAAGAAACAGCGACUACUGGGUUCCGUGGUGAAGCUUGAUACACCGUUAGGUCUUUUGAAGUUCAAUCACAAAAGCGGGACUGUGGAAAUGCAGGAUAUCUUUAGUUAUAAAGUCAUAUUCAAGAAUAGGCCCUUGCCAAUUAUGUAA